AUGCCGUACGUGGCCGCCCCAGGAGCCGCUGCAUCGACGGCGCCUCGAGACGAUGCAGCGACGGCGAGCCGGGAAGCGGCUGCUUCUGAUGCCGCUGCCCGCCUGGAAAUGCCGGGCGGCCCGGCUCGGUCUUUGAACCAGUUCGUCACCACUGCCUCCUCCCGCGGGGACGACGACAUGAGAGGCAGCGACAGCUGGAAGCUGCACAGCGACGACGCGUCGUCGAGCGCCUCGAGCCGAGCCACAACGCCUGAACCGCACUCACCUCCAAGAUCACGACCAUCACUGUCCACCAGCACCGCCGACAUUCGAAGGUCUCAGGCCACCAGGACGCCAGCGAUACCGAUUCCCGGCGCUGUGCCACCGCCGCCCAUCCCGCACCCCCCUCCAGCCCAACAUAUCUAUCGUGCAGCCCGGCUUCGCCAUAUUCUCGAGUCACCAAGCCUUGGUGGUGCAAACCGGCGAUAUGUUCCCAAUGCCCGACGACAGCCUUUGUCUCAAACCUUCCCUUCCACUGAUCGCUUUUCCAAGCAUCCUGCUGGCUCAUCCAUUGCAUCUCGGGGUACCUCGCUUCAGCUGCUGUCACCAGACCAAAAAUUAAGCACAAACCUCAGCACAAUCUCAUUGCCAACCUUGCACAAGACCAAGACGCCAGCAAUACCGCACCGCCAGAUACCUCGCGGCCAUGUCUCCCCACGCGGGUCAUUUUCUGGCCUGCCCUUUGGCGCAGAGUCUAACGGCGACGGUGAUGUGCAGAAACGAGGUGGUGAAUUCCUCGGUACGAAGCAGCAUCAUAUCCUCAGCUCCCAUCCUUCGUCGUGGGCAGAGGUGUCUGCAAAAUCGUGCAAUUCAGAAAGCAACUCUGAGGAGGAUCUAAUUGCAUACCGAAAUGCGAGACAAUUCCCGCCACAGCUCCCAGCGGACAUCAGUAGCCACAUGUCGACUCGCAGGAGCCGCUCAUCUGCCACAAACCGAAUCACAAACUGGGUCUCGCGGUACGAAAGGUCUUACGGUCCAGCCAGAAGACGUGUUUCGGAAGCUGCGGCUUCAGUGUCUUCUCAAGGGCCAGAGUCAGAGACGACAUAUUCACAAACGAGCACUGAUUCAUCGCACGCUGAAGUGGAACAGCUAUGGCAACGGCUCAAGAUGAAGAGAUCCAAGCUGCAGAACAUCCGAUCGGAUAUGGCUCGGAUACGCCAAGAGCUCCGAAGCUUGCGACUUGAAAAGGAUGAAGCCGACAAUGCGUUCGUGACGGUCAUUCGUCCAUUACUGGUCGGCCAGCGAAGUGAGGCCUUUUCGUCCUCGCUCAAGUUGCUGGACGCACGGAUGGCUUACAUGCUGGAUCGCAGACAAGACUAUCACUUUUCCGAGGCAAGCUACGAACGCCUGGAGCGAGAGCUUGACGAGGAGGAGAAGGAACUGAACGGGCUGGAGACUCGAUUCUUCAGCCUCUUGUCUGCAGGGCAAGACGGGCAAGACGGUCCCCUUCCCGCGCCGACACCCAAACCCGCCACAGACACGAUGCACGGCGUGGAGAACGGCACACCCUAUGAGCUCCUGGGUAUAUCCGGCGAUAAGCCAUCAGAAGACAUUCAUCCUCUUUAUGCCGAGUUUUCGGCAGCGGUUGGAGAUUUGGAGAAUGCAAAGGACGACUAUAACGACCUUUUGUUUGUGCGCUCGCAAUACGAGGACGAGAAAGAGCUGAGAGCAAGUACAGGGCUGGGCAUGACACCUGACGCAGUGGCGUUUUUCGCUGAAUUUCCGUCAGACGAAGCCAGGAUGAAGACGGCCGUCGCCACUCUUGAGGGCAAGGUCCAAAAACUCCAGCAGUUGUGCCAAGAAAAGAAGGCCAUGAAGAAGCACAUGUCUAUCCAAAUGGCCUACACCUUGAACCCCAGCGUUGCGUAUGAGGACCUCGACCUCGGCAGCACUGCCGAGAUCCUGGAAAAGCACCACUCUGUCGCCCAUCCGCGCUACUCCGAGCUUCUAUCGCAGCCAAAUCAUGUCCUGGCAAAGCCAAUGCCCAUGACGGCCGAGCAAGCCCUAAGGGCUGCCACCCGGCUCCCGGUCGACGACCCUUCCAAGAGCGAGAAACAGCGCCUUGCGGCCAAGGAGUACACGAUCGAAACCCUGAUCAAGGGCUACGACUCUGACAGCAAGGCGAACCUAGUCAACAGGUGGCUGCUUCACCAGCUGCGACUGUCGUCGUUGAACAUCCUGCUCCUGCAGUCGCUCUUCGGGUCCAGCCGUGGUCUGAACAUCCGGGAUUACUGGCGCUGGCAAUGCGACGUCAUGUAUUACUGGUGGCGCGACAGCACCGCGGAGCAGGGUGAAGCCGACAACCCUGCCGUCUCCACGACGGACUUGUCUGAACUCUCGGGACGGCAACACACGCCUCAGCCUUCGCGAGCCGCCUCGGACGGCGAUGGCAGGGCAAACCGCAAAGCAGUACGGUGUUUCAAGAGCAGCGAAAUGCUACGAGUGCUCUGA